GCAACGCAUACUGAUAUGAUUGGGCAUCGUCCACUGCAUCCACACCCACAUAUCAUCCACACCCUAGCUCGCUGCAAUCCUCCAUGCAUGCAUGGCUAGGAUGCUAAACUAGUUAAACCAGCCUAGCUAGGCGAACGGACUACGUGCCAGCAGCUGCUCUCGAUGGCUGAGCUUGCUGGGGGCGCGGUCCGCUCACUGUUGGGCGUCAUCCGCGAUGAGGCUCAGCUGCUGAGAGGCGUGGGUGGCGAUGUGCAGUUCAUCAAGGAGGAGAUGGAGAGCAUGAACAGUUUCCUCACACACCUCGCCAGGAAGACUCCCCGCAGCGGGGGACACGACGAGCAGGUGAACACGUGGAUGAAGCAGGUCCGCGACCUCGCCCACGACUGCAGCAACAGCAUCGACAUCUACCUGCGGCGUGGUGAUCCGGCGGUCUACCGCGCCAGAGGUGUCCUGCUGGGUUACGUCUGGUGGGUGCCUUGGUUUGUGAAGAAGACGCUGGCCCAGCACCUCGCAGCGAACCAGCUGCGCGACCUCAAAGCCCGGGCACGCGAUGUUGGCGAGCGGCGGCUCAGGUACGGCGUCGAGGUCCCGGCGAAGGCAGCGGACUCCGACAAGCUGCUGAUGUCGCCGACGGAGGCGUCGUUUCAAGCUGCGGCUGGAGUUGUAGCUGAAGGAGAGCAUGACUUGGAAGAAGACUAUUACCGGGCGACCAACGAUGAUCCACGAAGGGAGCUAGCAUUCUCGGAACCUCGCCUUCUUUUGAAGUGCACCGAAAAGCUAAUGAACUGGCUCGAACACCAACACGAGGAUGGUCAGUUCCAAGCCAUUGCCAUUGCAGCACCGGAUGAAGAGGAUGGGAUCGAUCUUAUAAAUGAAGCAUUGUGUCAUGAGAAAGUUAUGAAAAAGUUCGACUACCACUUCUCUUUAGAGGACCAGUUUUGCCUGAAAGAACCCAAGGAUUAUCUUGUGGACAUGCUGAAGGCUCUGGAGGAUGGCAAAUCGGAAGAAGUCGACGUCUCGAUCAGCAUGAUCGAGAAAGAAAUUGACGAGAAGAUUUUGAAGAUCAAGGAGAAGAUUGAAGAGCACAUGGAGAAAGCCGGUAAUAAAGGUUACCGUGCUGAACCCAUAGGGGUACUGCACGGCAUCUUGCAGGUGCUGCUCCAGGAUGCCGCCGUUCUUGCAAGCGAGGAUCAAACCCAGGAAAACACGAUCCUUGAAGACACAGCGGAGAAGAUGAAGAAAUAUGUGGAAUCAGCAGAUGAAAAGGAUGCCUGCACGAUUGGUGUCCAGGAGCAUCCUCCCGAAUUUGUAGCCAUCCUGCAAGAGCUGCUUCCCAAGCAGGCCACCGCACCUGCGAAGGCAGCCACGGAUAAACCGGGCGAGGAUCAUAUCGUCAAGAAUAUUAGAGACAUCACGCUGAAGAUUCAAGUGCAGAUCCAACCGGAGUUGCUGCCAAUGACGUCACUUCUUCAGCAAGAUAAGUCAGACAAAGAAUCGCCCCUCUCGCCAGGCGAAGAUGAGGAGUACUGCAGGGAGAGGAUUGAACAAGUGCUGAAGAGGAUGAAAGAGCAUCUGUUGAUUCAAGAAACCGCAGGGAGGGUUAGAAAGCAUCUGCAGGGUACAAGGACACUGAUCACUCUAAAAAAUGCCUAUGGGUACAAAUGGGAAGAGACCACAAAGGCCUUGCAAGAUUUGGGCUGCACUUCAAUGGCAGUGGUAGUUACCACCAAAUACAUGCAAAGUGCCAACGAGUUUUGCUAUGGGACGGAGCCUAUCGUGUACUCUUCAAUUGAACACUACCACGAUACAGCGCUGCAACUUACAAAUCGGCGUGUGAAUGAUGACGACAAGUACAGUGCCAAAAUCUUUCAUGAGAUCUUGGAGAAGUGCAGGCUGGAUGUGUUCUGCACAAAGAUGUUCAUCCAUACUCUGUUUGCCAAUCCAAUGAGGCGCAGAGAAGAACUCGACAAGCUGAGCAACAGCCUCGUGUUCGGAGGAUCCAUGGAAACUAAUGGCUACAAGAUGAUCAAGUUCUCCUACAACGACUUGCCUAGGGAUUACAAGACCUGCUUGCUGUAUCUAGCCAUCUUCCAUGAAAACGAGAAGAUAAACCGGACAAGGUUAGUAGGUCGGUGGGUUGCGGAAGGACUGAUAACUGGACAAGACUGGCCAAGUUCAGUAAGCCAAGCCGAGCGUUGUUUUGAUGUACUUGCAGACUUAUGUCUUGUCUCUCCUAGUGACUUCGAUGCUGGAGGGAAGGUUAAGAGCAUUACGUUGCAUCAACAGGUGUACAGCUUCAUCACCAAGAUUGCCAAGAAAGAACACAUUCUGGACACACGCCUGUCUCGGCACUUGGCUCGCCACUUCUCCAUUCUCAGCAACAUCCGGCUCCGUCCAUCGGACAGAAUUGUCAACUUCUUGAAGCAACCAUCCAAUUCAUCAUCUCAAUUAAAGCUCGUCAAGGCCCUGGAUCUGGAAGGCUGUGCAUCCAUGAGAGACGACCAACGCUGGCUUAGGAACGUGUGCACCUCAUUAAUACUGCUCAAGUAUCUGAGUUUACGGAACACAAACGUCACUCAGCUGCCUAAGGACAUCAACAGGCUGCAGCAGCUGGAGGUGUUGGACAUCCGGCGGACUCAUAUGAAUGCCUCCACCACAAAACAGCUCAUGCUAUUGAAGUUGAAGCGUCUGCUGGCUGGUGGUGGUGAUGCUAGCAUCCUUUCCACUGUCGAGAUGCCUCACAAGGUCUGGAAAAUGAGGGACCUAGAAAUGCUGUCCCAUGUACAGGUAUCGAAACAUCAUGUUUUCGAGCUGAAAGAGAUUGGCCAGCUAUGUCAACUGAGGGUGCUCGGUGUGAUCAUUUAUGAUCAGAAAGCUCAACUUGAGAACUUACUCCAAGGGAUUAACGAUCUGAAUGAGUGCCUUGUGUCUCUGUCAAUUGAGAUCAAGUCUCUGCCUGCCAGCAAGGCGGUUGCUAUUGCUCCUGACGCUGAUGCUAUAAGUGAACAUUGCAAGAACAGACCCAGGUUUCUUGAAAGCCUGACCAUCAGUGGAGUCACAAUAUAUGGGAGCCUUCUCCUGUUCUUUGCUAGAGGCUGCUGCAAACUUGCCAAGGUAACUCUUCAUAACACCUUCUUGGACAAGAAUGAUAUGGAGUCCCUCGCAAAUUCGCCCAACCUACGUGGCCUCAGGCUCCGGAACGUUAAAUUACACACCAAGAGCAAGCUUAUAAUCCAGACCAGUGGGUUCAAAAAUCUCAAGUAUCUUCUUGUUGAGGGGGGCGGCAUCACCGACAUCAACUUCGAACCUGGAGAAGCUCCUAAGCUUGAAAAGAUCGUCUGGCUCGUCGACGACAUAGAGUCUCUCUCGGGAAUGAACAACCUUCCCAAGUUGAACAAAAUGGUGUUCAAUGAUGAUCUCAGGAUACCAGAUCAGGUGAAACAGGCCAUGGAAGCACAUCCAAACUUCAUUGAUCAUAAUGGAAUAUUCUGGUAUUGAGGCCAAGAUGGCAAGUGCAGCUGCGGUUCCUUGAUUUGAAGCUUGCAAGGUGGUCCAUCAGUUCAGCAGGAUUGAUUCGUCCAUUCACAUCUGCUUUAUUAUUAUUUAUUCUGCCUGCGUGUGAACUUGCUUUAUGUGUUUGUAUUCAGAUGUGAGUACGUUCUUUUCUCUGCCUCCCAGGUCGGACAAGGACCCAGGGUCCAAAUCCAAUUAGUUAUUUUAAGUAAUUGUGAGUCUAGAUUUGGAGAUAGAAAGGUUUCGUCCCGAAGAAGGUUUUCCCUACUGUUUCCAAAUCUGUUUAGGAGUCUUUAGGAGUCUUUAGGAGUCUGAUUACAGUUCUGUAAGAGUCUGGCUUGGGCUCCAAGUUUGUAAGGCUAUUUAUGGUCCACCCUAAUCAAUCAAUAAAGAGUAAAUUUCACAAAACUACACAUA